UUUUUUCCCGUAACCAUAUCUCUAACAUGAACGACACAGAGCGCAGAGGAGCGAACAGUUCGUGACUGCCGCCGCGGUGUCUCUGAAGAUGGGAAAGGCGAAGAAAGAUCUUCUAGCAAGUGCGCCAUGGAGGGUAGGGGAGGAAGAGCCCGAUAAGUUCGCGGACGCCAAGAUCAAAGUCACCAACGAGCCGGGGUCGACUCCCACUAUGCAUGUGCCUAAGUCCAAAUCCAAGGGCUCCAAACACGAGGAUGAAGACGAGGCCCUCGGGAUUGAUCCAAGAAUCCGCUACAGCUUCCAGCGCAACUACCAGUUUCUUCAACGAGUGUUUAGCAUGGACACCAUUGUGAAGCCUCUUCCACCUGGCAUUGCGUACAAUGUUUCCCGCAAUUUGAAUUUCUUCACGCGCAUAUUUACUCAGUUCUUUGAUCCUGAAGGUAUUGCACAGGCACAAAAAUCGCUUGGGUUAGGACAGGAAGAGAAAGCUCGUCGUGUUCGCUGAUGAAAAUAGAGAGCAUGCUGGCAAUGCACAUGAUUUAAUGUUAAUUGUAACUUUGACAUUUUGUGUUUUAACUUCUAUGUUUGGUCAAAAUUUUUUGAACAUUCAGGGUUUAUGAAAUUCCUUUCUCUGGCAGUAGAAUGAUCAACUCUUUUUACUUGAACAGGAAGGUAUUAGUAUUUACUAUUUAGUAGUAAUAAGUGUUGAAAUUAUGAGUGCAACUAAAGCAUUUUUGAGCAUAAGAUUGUUUUGUGUGAGAAUUGUGCAUUUCCACUGGAUCACCUUGAUUACUGGAAUCUGAAAUUUUUUGGUUUCCCCUACCACAGAUAUACUUGUGACUAUGGUGGCUGUUAAUAAAAUAGAAUCAUGUUA